UUUAAUUAUGUAUGUAUUGAUUUCCUCGCCCAGUUGCUGAAGGCAGCCCCGCGGGUCUCACGCUGUCCGUCCCGGUUUCCCCGGUCGAGGCGCGGCUCCACACCGACGCGCUCCUGCCGUGUUCUUUCACGGGCGGGUCGCCGGACGUCGCCGUGGAGACAGACAGCCUGCGAGUCACCUGGAGACUCAACCGCACUGUUGUGGCUGCGUUCGACGGCGCCGGUAACACCUCUGAGCCGGGGCUCUGGGCCUCGCUGAGCGAAGACGAGCUGAGGCGGGGCAAUGCGUCUCUCCUGCUGGGAAACGUGACUCUGGCAGACCAGGGCUUGUACGUGUGUGAAGUGAAAUACAACGAUAUUGGAGGGAACGGCACCGUUAGACUGAGCCUGAAAGCCUCUCCAAUCGUGUCCAUCAAAUCUCGUCUGGUCUCGAUGGGUAAUGACAGCGCGCUCCUCUGCUCCGCUACUGGUUUCUACCCAGCGGGGAUCACCUUCUCCUGGUUCCGGGAGUCCAUCCGAGUGGCGUCUCCCAGUACGGGACCAGUUCAGCAGAGCUCCGAGGACGGCACUUUCAGUUCCACCAGUACGUACCAGUUCAUUCCAACCAGUCAGGACCAGAACGCCACCUUCAGCUGUGUGGUGAAUCAGAACGCAACGGAGCCAGCGAUCAGAGAGGACUUCACCCUGAGAAUCAGAAAGCAGCCGGUGGUCCGAGUAUCCCCCCUCACUCUGGUUCAAGACAGACCCCAGACUCUGCGCUGCGAGAUUGAUGGAUAUUACCCAGAAGACAUUGCGGUGAGCUGGGUGAUCGGAGGGGAGGAGUUUGGUGUGGAGGGGGCGGCGCCUAACCCCGACGGGACGUUCCGCAGGUUCGAGUAUCGCACCCUGACCCCCUCCGAGCGGGACAGGGGGGCGGCCGUGACCUGCAGGGUCAGACAAGAGGGGUUUGAGCAAGCGGUGAGCCAGGAGAUUCACAUCAAGCUGCAAGACGACACUAACCUGCCUGUAGCUGCAAAGGCGGCAGUGGCAGUGAUGGGAAUAUCUCUCAUGCUGGCCUCCCUGCUGGGUCUUGGCAUCUGGUGGAGCAACAGAGACAAGAGGAACAAGGGGCUGACAGUGUCGGGGGUGAUCCAGCCAGCGAGGGUUGUGGUCGGGAGGAAAGCCAUGCUCUCCUGUUCAGUGGAGGGGAGGCAUCUCCAAAACGUCAGGGUCGAGUGGUCUGUCAACGGCAAGACGAUCUGGGACAGCCCGCUCUCCCUGCCACCCCCCUCGCGGUCCCAGGACCACCAGCUCACCCCCCUGCUCACCACCGCCACCCCCAGGGCCACUAAACCCCGGGAGUACAAAAUCAAAACUCAGGGCCCUUUCCAGGUGAAAUCGGGCAAGGAGUCAGUGCUUUUCUCUCACCUCAGCUUCGUGCCGAAUCUCACUGACCACAAGGGGGCGGUGUUCAGGUGCCAGGUGUCUUACUGGGGGAAGGAGAAAGUCAUUGAGAAAAGUUCGGGCAGGCUUUUGUUGUUAGCUGAACCCACAGUCUCGGAGAUCAGAGACCUCUCUGCUGUCAGUAACCCCGAGAUUCUGCUGUCUGUCGAAGCCCGGCAUUUCCACCCCAAAAACAUUGUGUUCCGCUGGUCGUGCGGGGAGCAGGACGAUCUAAUCCCUGCCCCGGCCAGCACAGAGGUCUCCCCCAGCCAGGAGGACGAGGGUUACUACAACGCAGGGAGCGUGUGUCGAAUACAGAGGGGCAGGUUGGGAGACCCAGGGUUCAGAGUGCGUGUGAUCAUAGAUCACCUGUCUUUGAAGGAGCCAAUGAGGAGGGAGGUGACGUCACAGACACCGGGGAUUGGCGGGCGCCCGUUCAUGUCUGAGAUAGCCGCCCCAAGAGUGCAGCUGGGCCAGGCAUUCACUCUCAGUGUCAGGGUGUCUGGGUUCGACCCCCCAGACCUCACUGUGAGCUGGCUGCGGAGAGGCAGGGAGCCCCCUGGGGAGGAGAGAGAGCUGGGGGACGGGCUGCUCACCUGGGGGCCCUUCGAGGACGAGACAAGCAGGUUUCACUUGGAGAGCCAGGUGUCAUUCACCCCACACUCUAUAGCCGAUGUAGAGGAUUACAGUUUUGUGUGCCGUGUCUCACAUCCGAACCUGAGCGAGCCCAUUGAGAGGUGCGUUGGACCCCUGAGCAUCACAGCUGCCCCUGUGAUCUCUGAGAUCCGGAAGUCUGGAGAAGAAGGUGAAGGAGGGCGGGAGCAAAUCUUUACUCUGCUUCUUGAGAAGUGCUACCCCAGACAGGGCUGCGUUACCUGGGCUCUGCCAGCAGGGGGAGGCCUGGAGAGUCUGCCCUCGGAACUGCAGACUGGCAGCUGCCAUGACGACGGAACCUACACCCUCAUCAGCUCCUGCAGGGUCCCGGAGGAGAGGGGGAGGAGCCAGGAGGGGCUGAGAGCUCAGAUCAAACACCCUGCACUGGGGAGAGCGCAGUAUAGAGACUGGAGAGCCUCCUGUUGAUUGAAUCACUCCGAGACAGAAGAAACAGCUUUCUCAUUUUUUUGUAAAUUAUUAUCCUCAACAGUUUUGUACAUUUUAUCAGAGUCUGUCUGUAUUGUAUAUAUACCCCAUAGCACUCGUCAGGGUGUAAGUGUGUGCUACAUAUUGUAUUGUCAUGGCAGGGGUUCCCAAUUUUCUGUCCACCCCAUUUUUUUUGUCUUAUGAAUCAGUAUCACGCUACCUCAGGUAUUAUUGAGCCCUUGAUAACAGAUCAAUGGUCCUGUAUUUUCAGCAUGUUAACUGAAUCAUUACAAACAUAAUAUAUGAAUUAUUACACUGCUGUUCCAUUUGUUUGUGUAUUAUUUAUGAUUUGAUUAAAGUAUGAUUUUAAAAAAAA